AUGAGGAUUUAAAAGGGUUUGGAGAAACAAAAAGUUGAGUGUGUAAAGAAUUAGGCUAGAAUGUGUUUACUUAAAGUUUUGAAAUACAAAAUUUAGUAAUAUUUCUAAGAUUUCAUUAAGUACGAGUAUCACAUUUUAUACACAAAAUAAUUAAUGAUAAUUGUCUCUUCUCCUAUUCCUAAUUAAUGCUAUAAAUUAGGUAGUUCAGGGUCUGUUUAUGAAUUUAGUGAUAAAUCAGAAAUGAGAGCUCAUAGAUUUUAAAAAGGUGAAAAUCAAAUAAGUAUGCUCAAACAAAGAUUUGGAAUCAGAUUCUAGAAUACUUUUUAUGAAUAUGAUUGA